GCUAUUGGCAUCUGUCGCAUGCUGAUGAAUGGCCCUCUGAGCCAUCUGCAACCAUCACGACACCGGGUGCAACAGCAGAGCGACUAGCACAUGCAUCUAUGCACGACAUACAUUUUGCUCUGCCCCAUGCGAACCCUGUUGCUUCGAACUCUAAACCCACCGCGUCCCCCAUACCCUCGACCUUCGAGGAGCCCAUAUCCCCGCCUUCCUACCUCCCCGCCUCCCGACCCGCCUUCAGAACCGGUACGCCCCGAGUUGUAGAUGGCAGAUGGUCACCGCCCUCUGUCACACGCCUUCCCGAACCCGCUUUCUUCCAACGGCGCCUCUAGCGACCGAGUCGCCAACGAGCUCUUUCUGAACUCCCUCCUCACCCAUCUCGCCACCGCCCAGCCACCCUCACACUCCAAAACACCCCCCCACGGCUCCGCGAGCCAGAAUCCGCGCGGCAUGUACGGCCAGAACCACCAGCAAGGGCACAACUCCCGCAUCAAUGGGGCGCCGGGCCGGCAGCAGGCCAUGCCCAUGCUGUACAACUUCCAGCAGCAGUCGGCCCACCCCCACCAGGCUCAUGCGCAGCACCACCAGGGUAUCCAGCAAGACCAUGGCGGCGCCUCCAUCAUGGGCCAUUCGGCCUUCUCGAGCGGUGUCUUGCCGAACGCGAGCCCCUUCUCUUCCAACAACCUGCAGAACGGCCACACGUCGUCUUCCCGGGGAGGCCAGACGCAGCAACUUACCGAACAUUGGGCGGAGCAGCUGCGGUUGCACAAGGAGGCGGAACGGGCGCAUGCCACUAUGACUGAGCAACACCAACCCCACUUCUACGCCCGGCUCAAGGCGGCCGAGAAUCGCGGCAUUGGUGGCGCCGCGCUGACCGGCGGCGAUUCCGGACCUUCUGUCGACGGGGAGGACGACAGGAGACGGCCGUGGAGCCUCGAAAAGACCAACAAGAGGCAGGACUGGUACAACCUCGAUAUGAGCGGUCAGGGGCUGCGCGUCCUCGCCCCGCCCCUGUUCGCCUACGAAUUCUUGCAAGAACUCUACAUCGCGUCCAACCGACUCACCUAUCUCCCCGCCGAGAUUGGCCGGUUGCGCCAUCUACGCCACCUCGACGCGUCGAACAAUGUCAUCUCGGAGCUGCCUCCUGAGAUCGGCAUGUGCACCAACCUCAAGUCGCUCUACCUGUUCAACAACCAAAUCCGCAGUCUGCCCUUCGAGUUCGGGUCCCUGUACCUCUUGGAUAUGCUCGGCAUCGAGGGGAAUCCCCUCGACCCGUCCCUUAAGCAGGAGAUAAUGGGGGGCGACACGAAGAAACUGGUCCAUAAGCUCCUAACGGACGCCCCAGUUCCUAUCCCUCCCAUUGACAGAAAGCCGAUUGUUGUCCAAGAGGACGUGUCAUCGACCCUCGAGCGGGUCAAGGUCCUCUCCUGGAACAUACUCUGCGACAAAUUCGCCACCUCGACUCUCUACGGCUACACGCCACCCCCCGCGCUCCAUUGGGUCUACCGGAGCGAGAGGAUCCUACAGGAACUCCACGAGAGGGAUGCGGACAUUCUGUGCCUGCAGGAAAUCGCGACCGACGUCUUCCGCGACUUCUUCAGCCCGGAAUUAGCCCAGGACGGCUACAAGGGGGUGCACUGGCCGAGACCCAAGGCCAAGACCAUGGCAGAGAAGGACGCCCAGGCGGUCGACGGUUGUGCCGUCUUCUACAAGGCCAGCAAGUGGAUCCUGCUCGACAAGCAGCUCCUUGACUACGCAAACAUCGCCAUCAACCGUCCGGACAUGAAGAACCAACACGACAUUUUCAACCGAGUGAUGCCCAAGGACAAUAUUGGCCUGAUCUGCCUGUUUGAGAGCAGACAGACCGGCGCGCGGAUGAUCGUCGCCAACACUCACUUGGCCUGGGAACCAACGCUUCCCGAUGUCAAGCUCGUGCAGACGGCCAUCAUGAUGGAGAACAUCACGAGGCUCGCCGAAAAAUAUGCCCGGUGGCCCGCCCUCAAGGACAAGAAAAUGAUCCAGCUGCCGCUCGAAGAAGGGGAACAGCGCGCCGACGUGCCCGAACCUGGGCCGUCACAGGAGUACCGUAACAACACGGACAUCCCGCUGGUCGUCUGCGGCGAUUAUAACUCGACGUAUGACAGCAGCGUAUACGAGCUGCUCUCCAUGGGCCGCGUCGCGCCUAACCACAGCGACUUCGGCGAUCACCAGUACGGCAGUUUCACGCGCGACGGCAUCGAGCACCCCUUCAGCAUGCGUUCCGCAUACGUCCACCUGAAGGGCACCCCUGACGAUCUGCCCUUCACCAACUACGUCCCCGGCUUUGCCGAGGUGAUUGACUACAUCUGGUACUCUACUAACACGCUCGAGGUGGUCAGUCUGCUCGGCCCGCCCGACCGCGACCAUCUCAAGCGCGUCCCCGGAUUCCCGAACUAUCACUUUCCCGCGGACCACAUCCAGAUCAUGGCCGAGCUAGUCAUCAAGGCGAGGAAGGACAAGAAGAUGGUCCAGGAGCCGGACUUCGGCUCGGGGAGCAAUGAUCGGAGGGGCUGACCAUAGUCCCUCCGAUGCGUCGCCGUUCUCUUCGACACAUCAUCUCCUCGUCCUUCCGUAUCCUGGGUCUGGUCGGUUUUGUUUGGCUUGAGCGUUUGGUUGGCUGGCGGGACUGGUAUGCGGG